GAGUCAUUACUUGAUCUCUCUAGAAGUGCAGCCGAAGUCCUUCUCUUACAGAAACAUGAAGAAGAAAGUAUUCCUAGUAGUAUCCUUGGUCCUCUGCGUGACUCAAUCUUCCGCAGCUCCUAAGGUCGAGAAUCAGCAACAAGAAAGUCAACCAUCUAAAGAGGAAAUGGAAGCAGAAAUCACGCAGAGUGAAAGAGACGACAAACUCUUCGUCGCCCUCGUCCAAGUCUCUCCUGACGAGUGUGACGCCGGGGAUGGCAAAUUGGGCACUUGCAUGCCCUCCUACGAGUGCACCAAACGCGGAGGUGUGUCAUCGGGAGGAUGCGCCAAGGCCUUCGGUACCUGCUGUCUAGUUGAAAGAACAUGUAACAGCGAGACGAGUUUGAACAACACGUACUUCGUCAACCCGAGUUCGGAAACGGAGACUGAGGGAGCGUGCAUUUUGACUGUCAACCGGGCGACGCCCAAUAUCUGUCAGAUCCGAUUAGACUUCGAAACUUUCCAAAUCUCGCAGCCGGACGACAAUGGCCACUGCAGCGAUUUCUUCAUGGCGUCCGGUGUCAACAUGCCACCGAACACGAUCUGCGGUAAAAUUGAUGGCCAGCACAUGUACUUGGACGUGGCUCCCAACGGUGGAGCGAUCAAGCUGACGGUCGACAGACAAACCCUGACGGCGAACAACAAGAACUGGAACAUUAAGGUGACGCAGAUCUCCUGUGACUCCAAAUAUAAAGCUCCUGAAUCCUGUCUUCAGUAUUACACAUCAACCUCAGGAACUGUACAGAGCUUCAAUUUCGCCACGAACAACAACCAAGUAACGCAGCUGGCGAACCAGAACUACGGAGUCUGCAUUAGGAAAGCUCCUGGUUACUGUGGCAUCAUUUGGGAGAGAGACAAUACUACGAAUCUCGGUUUCACCAUGUCAGGAGCUGUAGAUGCAGUGUUUCCAGAUCUUUUAGGCCAACCAUCAGUUGCUGACUUCAACGGAGAUUGCCUGUCGGACUAUGUGGUCAUACCGGAAGGUGUCACCGACUUGUCUGAACAGCACGAUCGUUUCUGUGGUCUUGGAUUCCCCAAGUGGGUGAUGAGUACGGCGACGCCUUUCGUUCUCUACGUCAGGACUGACAGCGCCGAGACGGUAGACGGUUCUAAUCUUGGCUUCAGCCUUACUUAUCGACAGACAAACUCCUGCUAAGACGUUUGGAAGGAAUAAGGAGCAGUAACAACCCAUGCUAAGAGACACACACACACACAAGGCAGCUGAGACGUCUGAAGCCCUAAUUUGACGCGUAGUAGGAAGUGGGUGGGGUAAAACUUGACCGGAGAAUCGCUCUUUUUAUACGACUGUGAUUGUUUAAGUGGGUGUAGCCGUGUAGGCGCCAGGGCUAGGUAAGGUAAGGUCGUCUUGAGUAAGCUACCUCACUCACCUGUAAACUUGGAUAGUUUCAUCUGAUUGAUUUGAUGAAAAUAACUAUUGGCACAACACCGUAUGAAUCUAUUUGAAAUAAUUGAUUUUGCACACAAAAAAGUGUCGUUAUAACGAUAGUGGUCGUAGAAUGCAAUACAAUUUUACCUUAAGAACGAGUUACAAAAAUAGAAAGACGAAGGACGCUUGUACCAUUUUCGGUGAUAAUUUUGACUAAAUGUUUGAUUAUGUUUAUAUUUGUGCAUGUACUUGGAUAGGCGUAAACACACACACACACAUAUAAAUAUAUGAAUAUAUAUAUAUAUAUA